AUGAACUUCCUCUUCUGGCUCUCCACUCUACUCACAGUGGUAUCUGUGAAUGGAGAUCUAAGCCAGCCUCGUCCUUUGGCCCUCGCAUCAUCAUUCACCCACAUCUACCACCAACUCGACAACAUCCACCUCGGAAACUGCUCUCUAGCAAACGCAACAAUGCCACUGAACGCAACCAAAUCCCCGCUUCCAGCCCCAUCCGCAAACCUCACACUGAAAUACGUUGCGUUAGGCCGAGGAACCCAGAACUACACUUGUCCAUCGAACAGUUCUUCAAACCGCAGGUCUAUAAUCAAGCCAGAAGCAACAGGUGCCGUCGCCACUCUAUUUGACGCUUCAUGUCUCGCGGCUGCUUCUGGAUCUCUUCUUCACGAAGUUCCUCCUUUGAUUAGUACCACGCCUCUUGGAUCUUUGGCGUUCAUGGCGGCACUUGUGGCCCAGGGUACAAGGAGUACAAAUUUGAUUAUUGGUGAACAUUACUUUAAUGGUGAUGGGGAUCCAUUGUUCGACUUGACGCUGAGUGGUUCCAAAUCCUGGAUUGCUACCAAUAAGAAAGCAGCUGUUCCAGCACCGAAUUCGACAUCAGGGAGCUCAAAUGAUGUUCCGUGGCUUAAGUUGGGCUAUAAGAAGGGGCAUGGUAUUGAGGUUUACCGUGUUGUUACUUCCCUGGGUAAUCCACCCUCUACAUGUGCUGGUCAGAAUGCCACAAUUCUGGUGCCAUAUGCAGCAGAGUACUGGUUUUAUGGAUGA